AUGGCGACCAACUACGAGGAGAUCCUCAAGGGCAAAUACCCGGCCAAGGCCCACGCCAAGCAUGUCGUCGAGCAGCUCCGCCUCAAGAACCCCGAUGCGUCUGGUGUGAUCUACCUGGAAGGUCGUGCGACCAAGAUGCUCGAGGACAGCGACGCAGCCGAGCCCUUCCGGCAACGGCGCCCCUUCUUCUACAUCACCGGCUGCCCGCUGCCGGACUGCUACGUCAUCUACGACAUCGACAACCACCACACGACCCUCUUCAUCCCGCCUAUCGACGCCGACGACGUCAUCUGGUCCGGCCUGCCCGUCUCCCCCGAGCAGGCCCUCGAGCUGUACGACGUCGACGAGGUCAAGUUCACGACCGACAUCAACGCCGAGCUCGCACGCCUGGGCAAGUCGACCCCGUCGCGGCCCAAGACCACCGUCUACGCCAUCCCCGAGCAGGUCUCGGACCACGUCAGCUUCCUCGAGUUCGACGACAAGAGGCUCGACGCGCUCCGGACGGCCAUCGAGGACGCGCGCGCCGUCAAGAGCGACUACGAGGUCGCCCUCAUCCGCAAGGCCAACGAGGUCUCGAGCGCCGCCCACCGCGCCGUCAUGGCCCGGGCGCGCACGGCCAGGAACGAGACGGAGCUCGAGGCCGUCUUCAAGGGCACCUGCAUCGCCCUCGGCGCCAAGAAGCAGGCCUACGACGCCAUCGUCGCCAGCGGCCGCACCGCCGCCACGCUGCACUACGGCCGCAACGACGCCGACAUGGCCGGCCGGCUGAACCUGCUGCUCGACGCCGGCGCCGAGUGGGACUGCUACGCCGCCGACAUCACGCGCACGUUCCCCAUCUCGGGCGCGUUCAGCAAGGAGUCGCGCGAGAUCUACGACGUCGUGCUGCGCAUGCAGCUCGAGAGCAUCGCGCGGUGCAGGGAGGGCGCCGUCUGGGACGACAUCCACGCCGACGCGCACCGGCUCGCCAUCGACGGCCUGCUGCGGCUGGGCAUCCUGCGGGGCGACGAGCGGGAGAUCUUUGACCGGCGGGUCAGCGUCGCGUUCUUCCCGCACGGCCUCGGCCACAUGCUCGGCAUGGACACGCACGACACGGGCGGCCACCCGGACUACGCCGACAAGGACACCAUGUUUAGGUACCUGCGCAUCCGGGGCAAGUUGCCUGCUGGCGCGGUGGUUACGGUGGAGCCCGGUAUUGCUGAAAAGAUUUACUUUUGCGAGUUCAUCAUCAAGCCUUACCUCGAGGACCCGGAGCUGUCCAAGUAUAUCGAUGUCGAUGUGCUGAACAAGUACUGGGAUGUCGGCGGUGUCCGUAUCGAGGACAAUAUUCUGAUCAAGCCUGGCGGAUACGAGAACCUCACCCCGGCUGUCAAGGAUGUUGCUGAGAUGGAGAAGAUUAUCUCUUCGGGCUGA